GACUCGGAGGCCAAGGAGAGGGAGCUCCGCGCGGCCGCGACGGAGGUCCACGACGUCUUCAGCUGGGCGCACCUCAACUACACCGUCCCCGUCGGCAAGGGCGAGACGCGGCAACUGCUCGAAGACGUCUCGGGCUACGUCCGCCCCGGGCGGCUGACCGCGCUCAUGGGCGAGUCCGGCGCGGGCAAGACGACGCUCCUCAACGUCCUCGCCGAGCGCACCGCCGGCGGCGUCGUCUCCGGGGACCGGCUCAUGAACGGCCACCCGCUCCCGCGCGACUUCCAGGCGCACACGGGCUACUGCCAGCAGAUGGACACGCACCUGCACACGGCGACGGUGCGGGAGGCGCUGCUGUUCUCGGCGUGCCUCCGGCAGCCGCGGGAGGUGCCGCUCGCGGAGAAGGCGGCGUACGCGGAGACGGUGCUGCGGAUGUGCGGGCUCGCGGCGCACGCGGACGCGGUCGUCGGCUCGCUCGGGGUCGAGCACCGGAAGCGGACGACGAUCGCGGUCGAGCUCGUCGCGCGGCCGUCGCUCAUCUUCCUGGACGAGCCGACGUCGGGCCUGGACUCGCAGAGCGCGUGGGCGAUCACGAGCUUCCUCCGCGAGCUCGCGGACGCGGGCCAGGCGAUCGUCUGCACGAUCCACCAGCCGUCCGCGGAGCUGUUCCAGGUAUUCGACCGGCUGCUCCUCCUCAAGAAGGGCGGCCAGACGGUCUACUUUGGCGACAUCGGCCGCCGGUCGAGCACGCUCAUCGAGUAUUUGAGCGCAACGGCGCGCGCCACUGCGGAGACGCUGAGAACCCGUGAGGCUGAGUACAUCCUCGAGGCUAUUGGCGCCGGGGCGACCGCGACUACGGACAUCGACUGGUACAAGGCGUGGCGCAACUCGCCCGAGGCGGUCCAUGUCCAGGAGGAGCUCGGCGCGAUCCAGGAGGAGGGCCGGGCAAAGGGCCCGGUGCAGGUCCGCCUGCACGGCGAAUACCCGACGACGUGGCUCUACCAGAUGGCGAUGCUACUCCGCCGCGACGCCUCUGCGCAUUGGCGCGACCCGGUCUACCUGAUCGCCAAGAUCUCGCUCAAUGUCGCGGCGGCGCUCCUCAUCGGCUUCACGUUCUUCCAGGCCAACACGACCAUCCAGGGCACGCAGAACCACCUCUUCGCGAUCUUCAUGUCCAUGAUCAUCUCCGUCCCGCUCGCGAACCAGCUCCAGGUCGCGUUCAUCGACAUGCGCAACAUCUUCGAGGUGCGCGAGCGCCACAGCCGGAUGUACAGCUGGACCGCGCUCGUCACGUCGCAGAUCCUGGUCGAGAUCCCGUGGAACAUCCUCGGCUCGUCGCUCUACUUCCUGUGCUGGUACUGGACCGUCGGCUUCCCGACCGACCGCGCCGGGUUCACGUACUUCAUGAUGGGCGUCUGGUUCCCGCUCUACUACACGACCAUCGGCCAGGCCGUCGCGGCGAUGGCGCCGAACGCGGAGAUCGCGGCGCUGCUGUUCUCGUUCCUCUUCUCCUUCGUCCUCACUUUCAACGGUGUACUGCAGCCGUUCGGCCAGCUUGGGUGGUGGCAGUGGAUGUACCGCCUCUCGCCGUACACUUACCUGAUCGAGGCGCUCCUCGGACAGGCGCUCGGCAAGAUGGACAUCCAGUGCUCCCCGGUCGAGUUUGUGACGAUCACGCCGCCCGCGGGGCAGAUGUGCGGGACGUACAUGGGCCCGUGGAUCUCCACCGCGGGCGGGUACGUCGCGGACUCGAACGCGACGGACGCGUGCCAGUACUGCACAUUCGCCACGACGGACGCGUUCCUCGAGACGAGCUUCAACAUCUUCUACGGCCACCACUGGCGCAACAUGGGCAUCUUCGUGGCGUUCAUCGUCUUCAACACGUUCGCCGUCUUCGCGUUCACCUACAUCUUCCGCGUGCGCAAGGGCAGCCUCUUCAGCUUCCUUAAACACAGCUAA